GUCAGGUUCAGCGUUCAUGAUGGUGAACACCUCGGGACGGUCCUCCGGUCAGAGAGCUCAGCUCUACCUGCCGCAGUUCAAAGAGAACGACACCCACUGCGUCAUAUUCCAGUAUUACGCCGCCAGUCGAGAGGGAUCGAGUCCCAGCCAGCUGCUCAUCUACGUCAAGGAGAACAACAGUCCUCUGGGCUUCGCCGUGUGGAACUCGUCCGGACCGGCCUUCCAGAAGUGGCAGCAGGUGGAGCUGGCCAUCAGCACCUUCUGGCCCAAUUUCUACCAGCUGGUGUUUGAGGUGGUGGCGUCUGGUGAACAGGGUCUGCUGGCCGUCAGAGGAAUCUCGCGUCAGGGUCAUCAGUGCAUGAACACGCCUCACUUCCUGCACAUUAAGAGCGUGGAGGUCAACGCCAGACAGACGGCCACCUUCCAGUGCACUAUUAACGGCCAGCCCAAAGACCACGUCAACUACAAGCUCUGGCUCCAGGGCAUCAAAGGACGCGAGGCUCCUAUGAAAGACACCAAACCUGUGAACUCCAGACGCUACACAGCCACCUUUGACAUAGUCAACACCACCAAAGAAGACUCGGGCCGCUACCGCUGCAUCGUGCGCUCUGAGAAAGGAGUCGGAGCAUCCAGUUACGGAGCUCUGGUGGUCAAACAGCCUCCGAUCCCCAUCGCUCCUCCUCAGCUGACGGCGGUUGGCGCCACCUACCUGUGGAUUCAGCUCAACGCAAACUCCAUCAACGGCGACGGGCCGAUUAUCGAGAAGGAGGUGGAGUACCGCACGCUUUCCGGAAGCCUGAUCGACAGCCAACCAGUCGACAAACCUAACCACAAGAUCGGCCACCUGGACCCCGACACAGAGUACGAGAUCAGCGUGCUGCUCACCAGACCCAACGAGGGCGGCACCGGGGCCCCGGGGCCCCCGCUCAGGGCCCGCACCAAGUGCGCAGAUCCCAUGCACGGCCCUCGAUGGCUGCAGGUCGUAGACAUCAAAUCCAAGCAGUUGACGGUGCGCUGGGAGCCGUUCGGAUACAACGUGACGCGCUGCUACAGCUACAAUCUGACGGUGCAGUACCGCUACACGGCUAACGGCAAAGAGGAGACGCGCGAGGAGACGUGCUACGAUACUCUGAGCGCCGCGCCGCAGCACACCAUCCGCAGCCUGCAGCCCUACACCAACGUCAGCAUUAAACUGCUGCUGCGCAACCGCGAGGGAGUCAAAGAGAGCGACGAGCUCGACGUGCUCACCGACGAGGACGUUCCCGGCGCCGUUCCGCAGGAGUCCAUCCAAGGAAACACAUACGAGGAGAAGAUCGCCCUCCGAUGGAGAGAACCGCUCCAGACGUACGGCAUAAUCAAACAGUAUGAAAUCUUCUAUAAGGCCGUCAGCUCCUUCGACCCCGAGUUCAAUCUGUCCAAUCAGAGCGGGAAGAUGCUGAAGUUCAGCAACGAGACGUCGCACAUCUUCGCGGGUCUGUAUCCCGGAUCCACGUACUCCUUCACCAUCAGAGCCAGUACGGUCAAAGGAUACGGGCCGCCCGAAACCGCACAGUUCACAACCAAGAUCUCACCGCCGCGUAUGCCGGGAUACGAGCAGGAGACGCCGCUGAAUCAGACCGACAGCACAGUGACAGUCCUUCUGAAACCGGCCCGGAGCCGCGGAGCACCGGUCAGUGUGUAUCAGGUGGUGGUAGAAGAGGAGCGUCCGCGUCGUUCUCGGAGAGCCGCUGAGAUCCUGCGCUGUUACCCGAUUCCCAUCCACUUCCAGAACGCGUCCGUGCUGAACUCGCAGUAUUACUUCACCGCAGAGUUCCCAGCCGCUCGCAUCCAGACGCCGCUGCCCUUCACCGUCGGAGACAACCGCACCUACGACAGCUACUGGAACCUUCCUCUGCUGCCACACAAGAGCUACAGCAUCUACUAUCAGGCCGUCAGCACAGCCAACGGGGAAACUAAGAUCGAUUGUGUUCGCGUGGCCACUAAAGCUGCCAUUAUUGUGACUCAGCUCACCACGCCGUAUGUGCGUAUCGCACCCGCUGCCGGCGACAGCCAACUAACAGGUGCCGCGACCCGGAAGCCUGAUGCCGUGGAACCCGAGAAACAGACGGAUCACACGGUGAAGAUCGCCGGCGUCAUCGCUGGCAUCCUGCUCUUCGUCAUCAUCUUCCUCGGCGUGGUGCUGGUCAUGAAGAAACGAAGAUCCUAUCACUCCUACACUUACUACCUGAAACUGGCGAAGAAGCGCAAGGAGACGCUGAGCAGCACGAGGCAGGAGAUGACGGUGAUGGUGAACUCCAUGGACAAGAGCUACGCUGAGCAGGGCACCAGCUGCGACGAGGCCAUUUCAUUCAUGGACACACACAACCUCAACGGACGCACUGUCUCCUCGCCGUCGUCGUUUACCCUGAAGACUAACACCCUGAGCACCGCCGUGCCAAGCUCCUACUAUCCAGGUAAAGCUCUGCAUGUCCACUCACUUCUGUGCUUUUGUCACGUCGGUCAGCUUUAUAGACCGCAUGAAAUCACAGUGGGAGUUCUGUUACCCCUCAUCCAACAUUUUGAGUUCAUCUAUAUGCUGACGCUUCUAGAAGCUUCACGUGAUGGAAAUGAAAGAGCGUUGCAGGUUAAAUCUGAUGAUAACCUUCUGGUCUCAGACGUAACCUCAGUCACAGAGCUGCUGAUAGAGCCGAUGUUCGUCAGAAAGCUCUGUUCCUCUGGGUCUACACGGCCCUCAGAAGCCUGCGCUGAGUGUCCGACUCCAUUCUCAUGUGUUGUCCUGACCUUUGACCUGUUGUUUGUCACUCAUGUUCGUUCUGCUAACCGUGCUUUUCUCUGUUAUAUCAUUGUGUUUCAGAGCUUCUUUGAAGGGCAGGCGGCGCCGUGGGACUCGGCCAAAAAAGACGAGAACAGAAUGAAGAACCGUUACGGCAACAUCAUCGCAUAUGAUCACUCGCGUGUGCGGCUGCAGCCUCUGGAGGGAGAGCAGAGCUCCGAUUACAUCAAUGCUAAUUAUGUAGAUGGCUACCAUCGACCGAAUCACUACAUUGCCACACAAGACUUUAAUGCCCACGUGGGCUGCGACAGUGACACCUGGAGGGGCGUGAUUGGGAGGAACGGCCUCCCUGAUCUGAACCCGAGUGGUGAGUUGUUAUUGGAACGAACACCAUGUUCAAGCAUAAGGUUCUUGGACACUCGGGUAAAGAGAGGGGCUGAGCUAUCAACUGAUCACCACCUGGUGAGGCCCCCGUCAGAGAGGUUUUCAACUCCCAACUCCAACAUAGCUUUAAAGCAGGUCCCAAGGGAGACUGGGGACAUCGAGUCUGAAUGGACUAUGUUCCACACCUCCAUUGUCGGGGUGGCAAUUCAGAGCUGCGGCCGUAAAGUCUCUGGCGCCUGUCGUGGCAGCAAUCCCCGAACACGGUGGUGGACACCGGAGGUAAAGGAUGCUGUCAAGCUGAAGAAGGAGUUCUAUUGGGUCUGGCUGACCCAUGGGACUCCUGAAGCCACUGACGGGUACUGGCGGGCCAAGCAGAAUGCGGCUCUGGCAGUCGCUGUGGCAAAAACUCGGGCCUGGGAGGAGUUUAGUGAGGCAAUGGAGGAAGCCUUUCAAAGAGAUUCUGGCAAACCGUCUAGUGGUAUAGAAGGGGGAAGCAGUGUUCCGCCAACACUGUUUACAGUGGAAGUGGGUUCAUGGGAAUCUGCUCGUUCCCUGUAUGACCGGAGCAGGAGCUUGGUUCGCGUUGCCGGCAGUAAGCCAGACCUGUUUCUGGUGCAUGUUGGACUCUGCCAGGGCUGCCCUUUGUCACAGAUUCUGUUAAUUAUUUUCAUGGACAGAAUUUCUAGGCGCAGCCAGGGAGCGGAGGGUGUCUGUUUUGGUGGCUGCAAGAUAUCGUCUCUGCUUUUUGCGGAUGAUGUGAUCCUGUUGGCUUCAUCAAAUCAAGACUUACAGCGUGCACUGGAGAGGUUUGCAGCCGAGUGCGAAGCGGCGGGGAUGAGAAUCAACACCUUCAAAUCCGAAGCCAUGGUUCUCAGUCGGAAAAAGUUGGAUUGUCCACUCCAGGUUGGGGAGUGGCUGGGCGCACACCUUAAGGAUAGGGUGAGGAGUUCAAUCAGCCGGAAGGAGCUCGGAGUAGAGCCGCUGCUCCUCCGCAUCGAGAGGAGCCAGUUGAGGUGGCUCGGGCACCUGUUUCGGAUGCCUCCUGGACGCCUCCCUGGUGAGGUGUUCCGGGCAUGUCCCACUGGGAAGAGGCCUCGGGGCAGACCCAGGACACGUUGGAGGGACUAUGUCUCCCAGCUGGCCUGGGAAUGCCUUGGGGUUCCCCCAGAGGAGCUGGAGGAGGUGAAGUGCUGUAAGUACUGGCCCGACGACACUGAGAUCUACAGGGACAUGAAGGUGACGCUCAUCGAGACUCAACUGCUGUCUGAAUACGUCAUUCGAACCUUCGCUGUGGAAAAGAGAGGAGCUCAUGAGAUCAGGGAGAUCCGGCAGUUUCAUUUCACCGGCUGGCCGGAUCACGGCGUGCCGUAUCACGCCACGGGGCUGCUGGGCUUCGUCCGCAGGGUCAAAGCCAAGACUCCUGCCAACGCUGGCCCGAUGGUCAUCCACUGCAGCGCUGGAGCGGGACGCACCGGCUGCUUCAUCGUCAUCGACAUCAUGCUGGACAUGGCGGAGCGGGAAGGAGUGGUGGACAUUUACAACUGCGUGAGGGAACUACGGUCCCGCAGGGUCAACAUGGUGCAGACGGAGGAGCAGUAUGUGUUUAUCCAUGAUGCCAUAUUGGAGGCGUGUCUUUGUGGCGACACCACGAUCCCAGCCAAUCAGCUUCGCUCAGUGUAUUACGACAUGAACCGCUUGGACCCGCAAACCAACUCCAGCCAGAUCAAAGAGGAGUUCAGAACGUUAAACAUGGUGACGCCCACGUUACGGGUGGAGGACUGUAGCAUUGCACUGCUGCCGCGGAACCAUGAGAAAAACCGCUGUAUGGACGUGCUACCGCCCGACCGCUGCCUGCCCUUCCUCAUCACCAUUGACGGAGAGAGCAGCAACUACAUCAACGCCGCGCUCAUGGAUAGCUACAAGCAGCCGUCUGCGUUCAUCGUUACCCAGCAUCCUCUGCCCAACACCGUCAAAGACUUCUGGAGGCUGGCGCUGGACUAUCACUGCACGUCUAUAGUGAUGCUGAACGACGUGGAUCCCGCGCAGCUGUGUCCGCAGUACUGGCCGGAGAACGGCGUCCAUCGGCACGGGCCCAUCCAGGUGGAGUUUGUGUCUGCGGAUCUGGAGGAGGACAUCAUCAGCAGGAUCUUCCGCAUCUAUAACGCCGCGCGGCCGCAGGACGGGUACCGGAUGGUGCAGCAGUUCCAGUUUCUGGGCUGGCCGAUGUACCGCGACACUCCCGUCUCCAAACGCUCCUUCCUCAAACUCAUCCGACAGGUGGACAAAUGGCAGGAGGAGUACGACGGAGGAGAGGGACGCACCGUCGUGCACUGCCUUAACGGCGGCGGCCGCAGCGGCACGUUCUGUGCCAUCAGUAUCGUGUGUGAGAUGUUGUGUCACCAGCACUCGGUGGACGUCUUUCACGCCGUCAAGACACUGAGAAACAACAAACCCAACAUGGUGGAUCUGCUGGAUCAGUAUAAGUUCUGUUAUGAAGUGGCACUGGAAUACUUGAAUUCUGGGUAAUCUGAGCGGACGCUGCUCUAAUGUCUCGAUCUUCUGCAUCCUCAUCAUCCCGGACACUGAAACACAGCGACGGAAAACUGAAACUGGAGCCGAAGCCAUGUUUCUCAGCACACCAUCUUCAUCCGCUCGCGUCUUCUGUUCCUCCAACACUUCUCUUGCCUUCGUCUCAUCGGACGCGUGUCUUCAUGUUUGUGUGGAAUGCGACGUCACGUGGAUGUUGAUUUUAUCAUAGUUUUUAUGAACUCUAUGUACAGUCUGAUCAUGCGUGGCAUUAAAGCACUCAUAUUAACUCGUGUUUCUGCCCUUUCUGUGGUUGUGUUUGUGUGGAACGAUGGAAAAACUGCUGAAACGUCCUGUCCGAAGAUCCAAAGCUCGUGUUCGUGAUCUUUUUUUUGUUUGUUUUUGUUUAUACUGUAAAUAGAUUAAGUUCACCAGAUAAUUUAUUCAUUGACAGAUUUUUGUGAAGCACACUGAGUGACAAUCAUGUUUUAAUUUGGUCAUUAUUAUCAUACGGACUCCACAUGUAAUAGUGACCAGAUUGUAUUGUUAACUUUUUAUUUAUCUGGUAUGAAAAAAACAAAAAAAACAAAAUCAAACCUAUAAAUACAUAUCUAUAU